UCUCACAAUUCACUAACCGUACAAAACACAAAGCACUUUCUUCGGCUAUUUGUAUUUUGUAUACGCACACGCAUAUAUAAAGAGCCUCUUGAUUAUGGUGUUAGUUAGUCCCUGAAGAAACACGAAAUCAGAAAGGUUCAGCAGUGGAUGUUAAUGGUGAUGUUUAGUUUGUCAUAGACGACAUGUGUCCAGCCCUAAACAAGAAAGACCUGCAACGGAUAUUCGAGAAGCUCGACAAGAACGGGGAUGGCUUUGUCAGCGUGGAGGAACUGAAUAGGCUCCUCGACCCACAGUUCAGCCUGCAGGAGAUGGAGUCCUUGGUGGGAAAACCAUGUAUGAACUUUGAUGAAUUCUCGUCGUUCUAUGAUUCCAUCUCCAAUAAAAACAUCAUUGAAGAAGAAGAAGAAGAGAGUGACCUAGCCAAGGCAUUCAAGGUGUUCGAUUUGAAUGGAGACGGAUUCAUAUCAUGUGAAGAGCUGGAAAGCGUGUUGGGGAGACUGGGAAUGUGGGAUGAAAACAGCGGCAAAGAUUGCAGACGCAUGAUCCGCUUCUACGACACCAACUUUGACGGUUUGGUGGAUUUUCAAGAAUUCAAAACCAUGAUGUCAAGCACACCCCAUUUCAUUUCUGGGAAUUAAGCUUCCUUAAUCAUUACUCGUCCUCGUACUUUUGUAACCAAAAUCUUGUUCUUGUUUUCUACUCUGUUCGUC